UCAUAUAAUAUUUUGAUUUGUCUAUUCAUAAACUAUAAAUUAGUGCUCUUUAGUCCUCAUUAUUAUCUUUAUUAUUCUUCCUUGGGACAAAAGUUUAUUUUGGAUAUCUUAAAUUUUACUCUGGAGAUUCAUUGUAAUCAACCAGAUCAAAUACCUUUUGUUGAAUCUGGCGAUUAUGUGGCCUAUGAUAACGAGAAAGGUGGAGUCAUUCAGAAAUUGAAGGAAGAUGGAGCCAUGUAUGAGCUCUGGUUGGGGUCUGACGGUAAGUCGACCCAUAAGAUUUAUUAUUCUGACCUCCCUUGGCCGAUUGGGAAAAUUUUGUACCAUAAGCAAGUUCGUGUUGUGAAACAAUUACUUAGGAUCACGUCAGAAAAUGCUGAAAGAAGAGACGAAGAGAUACACAGCAGAGCAGUCCAGGCUUAUGGUGCAUUAUCAUCUUUGUUAGGAGAACAAUUGCCUACGUUUGGAUGCAGCUCUUCUUGGGCAUGCUCUGAAACAUCAGUUCUAAGAAGCAAGCGCUGGGGCCAUGCUAAUCUCGUUAGGUAUGCCGAGAUUUUCAAAACAGAGUAUUUCGAUGCAAGUUCAUCAUCUUCGUCAGUUCCCCAGACAGAUGCCAGCUCGAAACCGAAGAGCAAACCUAAGAGGGAGAAAAUGGAGGAAGAGAAGAAAUUUAGAAGAGCAGCGAAAUACUUUCUUGCUACACAACUUGUUGCCGUUUCUAAUUUUCCCCUCUACUUGGUGGGUCCAACGAUGCUGACGUGGAGCUUGGGGACGAUGAUGAUGGAACUGACUCCUGGCUAUGGAAGUGUUGGAUGGGAGCUAAAGAGAGCCUUAAGUCGGGGUUAA